CCAGCACAGAUAGGACCAACUGAAGACAGCUUGUAUCUGAAGAUAGGAGAGACGGGGGCUCCAUCCCACGCAUGCAGAACUGUCAGCAGCACAGUUUGUCAGCCUGACGGAGGGGACACCGCUGCUGAGUUUCAAGGACAUGGAGGAGAAGGAGCAGCCCACAGGAGGGCCUCAUUUUGUGGGGAAGAGGGAUGAACUUGUCCAAGCAAAGCUCUCUUUCAGAACACUAGAAGGUCGGGAUAUACUGAUCAUCCACCACGGGGGAGUCUUUUAUGCUAUGGAUUCUUACUGUUACCAUGCUGGAGGAGAACUGCAGAAUGGAGACAUUGAGGAAUUUGACGGCAAGCUGUGCAUAGUUUGUCCCAACCACAAGUACAAGAUCUGUCUCGCACAGGGAGAGAGCAUUUACAAGGCAACCAACCCCAGGGAGAAGCCGCCUGUGCCCAGAUGGUACUCCAAGGGUGUAAAACAGCGGACCCACACGGUCACUGAGAACAACAACGGCGAUGUUCAUGUCAAACUCUCGGACGUGGCUGGCUGGAUCGAGUCAGACUUCUUCCAGGGAGAAAAGGGCAAGAUAGAGAGGGAAAAAGCUGCGGCGGCUGAAAAGAAGAAAUCUUGAUCAUCUUGUUACAGAUGGAUGUGAAUGGCAUCUAUUGACUGGAUGUUUAAGAGCAUGCCAUUUGUUUUAGGCUUUUAGCAGACUAGAAAAAAUAUUCUUUUUUUCAAGCCUUUAGGACUUUUUAGAAUUUUUAAUUUCUUAAUUUGUUUACCUGAAAAAGUUUUACUGAAAGAAACCCCUCUAAUGUCUCAAUUAUCAUGUAGAGUACUAAAAACAUUUUUGAUGGAUUCACUUUGAUUUCACGUUCUCUUUUUUUCUAAUUGGCGAGUGGCACAAGACCGAUAAGUGUGCCAACUUUGGAGGAUCCCCCUGCAUUUUAAUAUUCCUCAUGCAUUAUGCAUACAGUGGAUGAAUCGAUGAGAUAAAAAGGUUCAUACUGAUUGUUUAAAAUCGCAAAAAAGUGAAAAUGUAUCAGUGUUAAAAUAUAAAGAUCAUUCUUGGACAUGUUUUUGUGAUGUUCAUGUCCAUGUGUUCCUUCAGGAAAAAGAAGAAGAAGAAAGCAUGAAUGUCUAUAGGCUGCACAGAUUCAAGCAUUUGGGAUUUGUGCUUUGAAAUGUUUCUUAUUUGUUGGUGAAGAACUCUUUCGGUGACUGAAUUGAAAAAGAAAACUUUGCUGGCUAUACAGCAAGCAAAUCCCUGAGGUUGUUGAAAGGUUUGAUGACAGCUGUUCACUAGUCCCGCCUCUUAUGUUCACUUGUGCUGUAUAUUCUGUUUAGAAAUACAAGGUUUAAGUUUGAAAAUUUGA